AUGAUGGUGGCCUCUGCAAGACCUCGAGAAAUUGAAAUCGACAAGCCAAGUCAUACCGAACAAUUGGCAAAUUGGAUUAGUAGAGUUCGCUGUAAAAAAUUACUGUGCCGUCGAAAUCGCAAACGCGAUUUACGAAUUGAAGCAGUGCUGACAUGUGCUCUUUCCAAAGCAGAGCACGAAUUACGCAGCAAGCAGUUAUCUAGAAUAUCAAAGUGGCAGCAAUUUAAAAAGCAGUUUUUGAAGACUGUGAAUUCUACAGAUUAUCAAAACUGUGAAUUCUACAAUAACGAAGAUAUGAGAAAUUCGAAUUCGUAUCAAGAAAACAAUCCCUGGCAAGGACCAUUGUGCCCUGAAUUGAGUAGUUUGGACAAUUUCAUGUCUAAAUUAGCGGAAAUUAAAUCUCUCCGUUUGAGAUGGCAUUGGGACGGGCGGAGGGAGUUGCAGCGAUGCUGGGCGUACCGCAGAAUUGAGGAUCCAAUGUUCUCUCUAGUCUCUACACCUUUUAUUGGUUUGGUUUGUAAACUGUAUCGGAACCAAUGAAUUUCUCUUUGUAAUUAUUCUGUAAUAUACCGAUAUUUGAAUUCAGUCAAAUGCUCGAAGACAUUUUAGUUCAAUGUUUUUUUUUUAUAAAUAUGGCGCUUUAUAUGAAACAUGUACUAAUGUUUUAUAGUUUAAACAAAAAUUUGUGUACUACACAUUUUAAUCUAUAAAUAAUUUUCAGAUAUCAAGGAAAUAUCUUUAUGUGUUAGAUUUUGUAUAUUAUUUGUUAAUUAACAGUUUUGUAAAUAUUGUGAUAUAGCAGAACAGCAAUCAAAGAAAUAA